AUUACGUUGCGCGUGUAUCGUGAUAUUUUCGUGUUCAUGCUGAACUACUGACUAUCCCAUGGAUGAUUGAACUGAUGGAAAUCCUCAACUUAGACCAAGAGUCAGCUCCCCUGAUCCGGCGUUUUAUUUUUGUCGCUUUGGUGCUUCUGAGUACCAAUCACUGAGCGUGUUCUUAACAUUUUGGACUCGAACAAUUAGCAGGAAUGGAGUCACUUUCAGUGAAGCAUCUGAUUGCCACAGCUCAUUACACAUUUCCAAUCAGAUACCCAGUCAAACCAAUUCAUACAAGCAGGGUUUAUACUCAAAUUUGGCAUUUUCGUUUCGUGCUCUAUUCAAAACGGUCAGAUUUUCAAGAUUUUCAGGGCUAUGCAAAGCCAUCACGUCUUUUGCCGCCCACAGACGUGAGAGUUUGCCCAGAUUCAUCGCUGGAGAAGGUAGUGGCAUCUUUCAAAUGUACUGGAUCUGAGACUCUAUACAAAGUCAUGUUUAAAACAAGUAGCACCUAUGGUUCAGGUCUUUCUGACACAAAGGCUGGUGUGCAACUUUGUUUAAUAGAUGAAAAUGGUGACUCAAUCUUACAGAGGAUACCUGCUAUAUCCAUGAAAGAAAAUAUUGUGUCAGACGACAAGGCUUUGUCUGAGGUACUCCAUUUCCAAAGAGGUUCUGUUGAUGAUUUCACCUUCGAGGGACCUAAACUGGGUAAAAUUGAAGCUCUUUGGGUGAGCCUUGAGUCAGGUCAGUGGAGACUGGGCGAUGUGAGCUUAACUGUAAUUUCCAAGUGUCAACCUCUAUCAGAUGAAAAUGACAAGAAAGGUGUUCAGUGUAUUUGUUGUCAGUAUGACUUUGAAAUUGAAGAUAUGUUGCUUGGUGAGAAAAGUGACAUUUCUAUGGCGGAACUUAGACCUAGCCAGGUUUCCGAAUUUUCUGGGGACAGCUUCGCCUUGUUGGGUAGAAAAACCUCACAACCGGGUUCAUUUAGAAGCUACAACAUAUCAAAUGAAGAAAGCAUGAAGGAAUAUGUCGCUUUGAAAUUCUCUUUGUUAUUUUAUGAUGCAAUUCUUAUACUUUCUGGUUUACUGAUUGCAUCCUUGUUGGCUGGGGAUAAUGCGGCAUUAGCAUUCUUAACAGGGGGGGUCGGUGGCUUUCUGUAUUUACUGUUGCUGCAAAGGUCUGUGGAUGGAUUGCCAGCUGCUGAAUCCAUUUCAAAGAAUGGGACGGGGAUCUUUGAUCAAAUUUUUGGAGUAUUUAAGAGUCGACUGUCGGGCCUGGUAGUGUUAUUUGCAUUUGCAGCUAUUUCAGUGAAAUACUAUGGGGGAGAUAAUGCCAAGAUGUUGGCGCCAAAAGAGAUCAUGUUUGGGAUGAUGGGUUUUCUUAUGUGCAAAGUCUCCGCUGUCCUGGCUGCAUUCAAGCCCAUGCCAAUGGGGUUGAAAGAUAACAAAUAAGUAUAUAUUCUUUUAUGGAGAGAGAGAGAGAGAGAUGGAUUAUGACCUGAAUAAGAGAUGUUAUUACUUAUAAAUAAACAUCCAUAUGUACUUUUCUAUACUUAAAGAAGAAAUUGCCUGUGAAGGAUCUACUGCACCAUCCUUUCCUCUGUCUUGCAAGUUACUAAACUUAAC